CCCCGUCAGUACGGCGGCAAAAGUAACUAAUUUUCUAUCAUUGUGCGGACAGUGACCAAUUUUUGGAUUUAAAUAUUAUUAUAUAAAUUAUCUAAAAUGGAUGAAGAAGGAGAAACUAUUCUUCUAGAGGAAAAUUACUACCAGUUGUUAAAUGUAUCCAAAACGGCAACUCCUGAAGAAAUUAACAGUGCAUACCGCCGAUUCUCAAGGAUGUUUCAUCCAGACAAGCACAGUAUGGACCCUGCCAAACAGAAAUGGGCUGAGCAGAUAUUCAAUAAAGUGAAAGAAGCUUACGAAGUUCUUUCCGACUCGCAUAAAAGAGCCAUUUAUGAUACACUAGGAAAACGAGGCUUGGAAGUGGAAGGCUGGGAAGUUAUAUUUCGAACCCGUACACCAAGAGAAAUAAGGGAAGAGUAUGAAAGGUUGAAACGAGAGAGGGAAGAAAGAAGACUGCAACAGAGUGCCAAUCCACGCGGCACAAUCACUAUGUCUAUCAAUGCCACAGAUAUGUUCAUGAAGUACUAUGAUGAAUAUGAAAUCUUAGAAGAUACAUCUAUAUUGCCGAAUAUAGAAGUUUCAGGCAUGACUAUCCAACAAUCAAUUGAUGCACCAGUUACACUGAGAAACACCAUGACUUUAUCUGGAAAUAUAUCCACACAAAAUGGCAUAGGUACUGGAUCUGUAAACAUAUCAAACAGACAUCUGAGCUCAGAAAAAGGAUGGACAGAGUGUGAAUUUGGAAUUGGUAAUGGACCACUUGUUGGUUUAAAAAUUUUCCGGACUUUAUCACGGUUAAUGUUUCUGAACUGCGGUACAGUCCUACAGUUUACUCCACGAGGGAUUUCGCCCAGUCUAGUGUCAACAAUGGCUCUUCAGUUAGAUGCACAUUCAGUGGGUUACCUGACAUAUAGAGCAGGGGGCCAGGGAGGGUCCUCUAUGACUACAAUAUAUGUACGUGACUCUGAAAAGUACCACACAAACACGGCCCUGCAGAUCGGCAAUCCGCACUCAUUCAUAUCAUUGAAUAUCAUGAGGAAACUACCACAACAUGAUAUGAAACUCAGACUAGCUUUUAAAGUCGGGACGUUUGGUGCCAUAGCUGAGUAUGGUGCGGAGAAGAAGGUGUCACAAAAUAGUAGUGUUUCGGCUGCUGUCAUGUUAGGUGUGCCCAGUGGAGUCAUGCUUAAACUAAAGUGGAGUUGUUCUUCGCAAACAAUAGUCGUGCCUAUUCAUUUAUGUGAGGAAGUCAUGCCGUCACCAGUGUUUUAUGCGACUGUGGUACCCAUGGUGUCAUGGCUGGUUCUCAAGAAACUAGUAUUGGAUCCCAUCACACGAGAGCGGCAAGAGCGUGAACGGCAGCGGUCCAUGGAGGCUAACUAUGAAAGAUUACAAGAGAUGCAGCGCCAAGCGAGAGCAACUGUUGAGUUGAUGCGGGAAACGUAUUCUAGAAUCAGGACUGAAGAGGAGAAGAAGAAAGGCCUUGUCAUCAUUCGAGCUUUGUAUGGAAAAGUGCCGCCAGGGUUAACAAGUCACGACAUAUCGGCCGAGCAGGCUGGUGAUGCGGCGUCAUCGCCCGAGUCUCCCACCGCGUACUCCGAGGUCAUCGAUGUCACUAUUCCAGUACAGUGUCUCGUCAAGGACUCUCGCCUAGAACUCCUCGAGGCUAGCAAGUCGGAGCUACCCGGAUUUUUCGAUCCAUGCGUCGGCGAAGACAAGCAGCUAACGAUCCAGUACCUGUUCCAUAACAACGUGCAUCGUUGCUCUGUCACGGAUCGCCAGGCGGUUGUGCUGCCACGUAACAAUCAUCUCUUCAGUAGCUCAUGACCAAAUACUUAGUAAAAGUAGGGGUGUUCGGGUCACCGGAUAAAGAAUAGGUCUUGAAAAAUAAAGUCAAAGAAUACGUGUUAGCUUCUGCGAUGCAACCGAAGUCGCAUCCUGCAUCCCAAAGAUGCUUAAAGUAGGUUCUUUACAGUCCAGCGAAUCAUUAGUCCGGCAAAAUCCAGAAGAUUUGAAAUUGACGUUUUGCUCUUACCGCUCUGAUUAUUAUUCAAUUAUCUAUACAUGUUAUAUACAGACUCACAUCACGUUACGUUAGUUUACAAGCUUCAAUUAUUGUAUAAUAUCUAUAAUAACUGACUGUAAAGAUGACGUCACCUUUCUUAGAACAUUCCAUUAUUAAAAUUUAACAUUUUUAGUCCUUUUUAUCCAACUACCCCAGAAGUGGGAUGAGUAUGUUAAGUUCUCUUGUCUCGAAACCUUACAAUUUUCUGGAUUUUGCCCUGAAAAAGUAGUUUAUUAGUUGAUUGUUGAUAAAUGUUAUGAAACGUUCGUAUUGUGGCUUCGUCAAUAGUGUGAUGAAAAAUAUAUAUUUUGGAAAUGUGCUAUUAUGCGUGUUAUUCAAAAGUUUAAUACGGUUUUUUCUUUAUAUGUAUCUUGUAAAAAACAAAUAGAUUGACUUUGGUUUAUACAGGGUGUGAGAAAAUGUAUGCCACUUAAUCUGUGAUAAAAAAAUUUACACCUGAUUAAUUUACUCAUGAUUUGGAUAUCUUUUUUCCGGUUUUACUAAAUGAUUUAUUUUAUUUCGCAUGUUAUGAUUUACCUAAUGAAUUGGUGUUGUAUUCAUAUUUCAUAUUUUAAGAUACCAGUAUCUUCUAACUUUUUAUUUAUGUGAACUACCUAAUAAUAAAAAUACUGUAGGAUUGUAGUUUGUCAAGCCAAAAAUAUGCUAGCAAAUGUAGGAAAAUUUUAACAGUAGGUAAUUUAAAUGCCAUAAUAUUGUUGACUAAACAAAUUGUGUUUCUUUGUUUACCGAAUUUAGUGGUUGUCGUUGCAACGCCCUGUAUAAAUCUUAUAGACCUCAUGCUAUAUUGUUAUUUUGAAUUUAGAUUGUUCGUUAUCAGUGUUGUUCUUAAUUCCGAACUGUCGGCGCUAUGAAUACCCACUGAAAAAUAAAAGCAUAUUAUGUUGUUUA